ACUAAGCCUAACAUAAAUCAGUUCCUACUGACACUCUUGACUCUCGACUGAUGGAUGACGUUGUAAACCUUGACAGCUGGCACUUUGCCAAGCUGUCGGGAAUUUCUGUUUCUUAUGGUUGUUGAGGGCUGGACAUGUAGCAUUCUUUGUUUCCAGCCAAUCAUUGUUUUCCACAUAAAAGGUUCCCACUAAGGAAUGGUUAGUGUAAGCUGGUUCUUAGACUAACUGCCAAAUUCAUCUUGAUUUAAGAACAGAUAUCACAGUGCUUUACAAGCCGUCGACAGUUGCAUCACGUUGCGUUAGUUAGUUUACAACCAUUGCCGUGGGUGGCGCGUUAGGAGAUACGGCUCUAACUGGUAGGUAAAGUUUGAGCGCAUCGUUCUUACACGUCAUACUAGUACAGAGCAGUUGCACGAGCGGAUUGAGUAACCGUUCAACUCGAGGCUAACAUAUAUAUAAUAUAUAAAUUUAGGUUUGUGUUUAACGUGGUGUUCGACACGGACGAGACUGGAUUACUCUUCUGAUUACACCACCUGAAAAGCAUGUUGACGUCAGGAAGUCAUCAUUAUAUACAACCAGAAUAUCUUUCCCCAUUGCCCACAACGCUGGAUGCCAAGAAAAGCCCCUUGGCGUUGUUGGCACAAACUUGCAGUCAAAUCGGCGCCGAUAAUUCUAACAACAAGCCUAUUUCAUCGGGCCUUGAGAAACCAAAGAACAGUGAUAAAACCAGAGAAAAGAUGUCAUUUGUCGAGGACAAGAAUUUCUUCAAGCCUUACGAGUCUUCAUCUAAGAAAAACAACAGCGGAAGUGCCGAAAAGCGUUCGACUGUUACUCCUAUUACAUCUGAAUCUCCCAAAUCGAACACAACAAAUAAUGAUUACAGUAAAACCAGUAUGUGUGUAUCUGAAGAAAGAAGCCCCAAUUCCGAACAGGGGGCAACCCCCUCUUCUUCCAAGUCCACUCCUACACCGACGUCCUCAACCUAUGCUAUUAGUCAGAAUACCCUCAGCAGUCUAGGAUACUUUUCUAGUGGAUCGCUCCAUUCGCUGGACACAGAAUGCUCCGAAUCUUCUUCUAAAGAGUUGCUCGGGUCCUUUCCGGAUAGUAACCCCUUUAGUGUCUACAAGCCUGGUGCUAAUCCACUGGGGAACUGUGUGGGAUGUACGCCCAUGUUUGGCCACAUCCCCGUGGACAUCGCCUCUUCUGCCCACAACUUCCCUACCAGUGUUACCACAAAGAGUGUAGUUUCUCCUAUGAAACAGAACAUGUUGCCUGUUGGGGGUGGUAUGUCGCAAUACGUGGGAUACACGUGUGUUAAGACACCAGGAGGUGGAACGUCGUUUGUGCCCUUUUGUCGCGACCCCUCAUGUGUUAAUUGUCAGUUUACCUUAGCGAGUGCUCAACCCAACCAGUGUGCGAAUGGAUGCAGCCAGUGUAAUCCUGAUCGUCUUCCUGGGAUGGGCCUUGCAGGCCUAGUGCCUGGCCUUUCUGGGUCCUCUUCACCCACAGCCAUAACUGGUCUUCAUCCACACUCAGUGAUACACCGACCUAAUGUCUGCAGUUGGAUGAUUGGGAACAGUUUUUGUGGUAAGCGAUUUAGUUCGUCAGAGGAACUACUUCGACAUUUGCGGAAUCACACAUCUUUCUCAGUCGUGGAUAGUGCCUCGUCACUGUCUUAUUUUCCAGCGAACCUUAAUGGACCGUGCCACAUUCACUACGGCUCACCCACAACCCCCACCAAUGUUCGACUUUCUUACCCCAGCAGCCUCAGCCCACUAAGCAACAGAUUCCAUCCUUACAAAUCAUCUCUACCCACCCUUCCAGGGGUUCCUCUUUCACAAGUCCCUUACAGUGGACUAGGACUCUAUUGUCCACCUUACAGUUUCUAUGGCCAAAGAGUAGGACCACCCGUACAACCCUGAAAUUAAAACAAAUGUGACUAUUUAGUUAGUGAGGAAAACGUGAAACCAAAGCCUUAUUAGUAAUUUGUGACUAUGUACUACAGAAGGUGAUGCAACUUGGGACAAGACAAAGCAUAUGUAAGUUAUGGUACGAAGAACUCUCUCUAAACGUAUAUCAGGAUUUCAAAUUAAAAAUAACUAAAAGGAUGCGUUAACAUUGUGUAUAGAAGUUGAAUAUGUAUAAUAGAGGUUUAUGUAAUAAUGUACAGAAAGUUACAAAAUAUGCCAUUCUGACCAAGAAGAAAUAGACAAUAUUAUACAAAAUAAUUCUUUUAUUUUUGUCAGUUUUUUUUUCUGGAUCACAGAAAAUAACCGAAACAAUAAUAUCUAGAAAUAUUUAUUUUUAAAACAAAAUGGCACAUCUAUUCUAAAAAAAUUCAUAAGUACUGAAAGCAUUGUUACCCUCUACAAAAAUUACAUAAGUACUGAAAGCAUUGUUACCCUGUACAAGAAUGACAUAAGUACUGAAAGCAUUGUUACCCUGUACAAGAAUUACAUAAGUACUGAAAGCAUUGUUACCCUGUACAACAAUUACAUAAGUACUGAAAGCACAUUGUUACCCUGUACAAGAAUUACAUAAGUACUGAAAGCAUUGUUACCCUGUACAAAAAAUUACAUAAGUACUGAAAGCAUUGUUACCCUGUACAAAAAAUUACAUAAGUACUGAAAGCAUUGUUACCCUGUACAAAAAAUUCAUAAGUACUGAAAGCAUUGUUACUCUGUACAAAAAUUACAUAAGUACUGAAAGCAUUGUUACCCUGUACAAAAUUUCAUAAGUACUGAAAGCAUUGUUACCCUGUAUAAAAUUUCAAAAGUACUGAAAGCAUUGUUACCCUGUACAAAAUUUCAUAAGUACUGAAAGCAUUGUUACCCUGUUUAUUCUGAUUUUUUUUUUAGAAUAAUAAUUAAUAACUUGAAAUAUGGUGGACCGUUUGACUUCACCUUGCAUAUAAAAUAUAAUAUAUGCUUUAUUUCUCUGUUAGCUUGUUGAUUAUUUUGCCUGACGAAGAUGUAACUUCCAGAUAUCUUUUGUGUAUUAAACAACCUUUGGGGCUUCAUUUUGGAGAGAAA